GUCCUCCUGACAGCCAUGGCUGAACGUGAGCGUGGCGUCAACAUCCGGGACAUCACACCGGCAGUUUGACGGUUUGUUGGGGCGCUGCCAUAGCAACGGCUAGAAUGCCAACCUCAUAGGCAACAUGUCUGCGGGAGCGACGUGCCGUGGAAAGAAGGAGCAACCCAGAUUGAAGGCCGAUACGCUCCAGAAAGAGGAAGCUGGUUUCCUCCAAUGGGAAGCGGCGCCACAGCAACGCGUGCACGCGCUGCUGGCGAGCACCAGGGACCAACUGCAGCUAGAGAUGCCCGAGGUUCUGGGCCUCAGGAACCAUCUGGUCUGCAUGAAGGAAGCCGUCCUGCUGGAUUACUAUGUCCGUGGCUUCUGGUGGGCUGAAGAGGCCGACUUCAGCCCCACGCAGACCUCCUUCACCAUGGCUGUCCUGCACAUGCUGCUGGGUAACAUUAGAGAGAAACAGAUGUCUUUCAUGCAGAACCUGAGGGAGUUUGCUGUGGCCCUUGGUGCUGCCAGCCAAAGCCGGACUUCAGAGGAAGAUACCGCUCCACUUUUAAACCAGGAAGAAGCCACGGCGCUCAUAAGUUACAUCAGAAACAGUCUGUUUCAGAAAUACAGACUCUAUGAGCUGCUCUUUACCACCUCCAGAGAAGAGGUACUGACGGGCACAGAGAGGACCAUUGAGGUGUUCGGCUGUCAAGGCGCUCUCUCUCCAUUGGAGGAGGGCGUCCCCUCUCACCUCUCCUCCCAGUGAUUGGCUCCUGGCAUCCAGGCAGAUGAACGGAUGACUGGUGAUUCUGACGUUGUCCACCGCAGGGCGUCAUCUUUCUGUCCUGCAUACAAUUAUCACAUGCCAUAUGCUCAUUUAAAAAAAGGGAUUGGCCAGUGUAAUUAUUCCUCUCCGCUAACAUGCAUCAAAGCAGGAAGAAGUAAUGAUGGAAAGACACGCCUGAAGAAGAGAGGGCAGAGAGAGGUCCUAGUGUGACAACGAGCAGCUGCUUAUUAUGAACUCCUGUAAUGUGAAUCCACCACGCGUGAUGUCAUGCUGUGAUGUCGUUUGGGGGGGAUUAUGAGGCGCUCAAUAACUACAGAACUACUAACAAGCCCCCUGCGCAAGGUUCUGACGAGGGGUAGACGGGUCCAUGUGAAGGCCGGUGGCACCAAGUGGGAUCUUAGUGUUCAUGUUCCUGGUUUUGAUAUCUGCUAGUUUUUUCUUGACUAUUUUCUGCCUCAUCCCUGCCUGAUUUGUUUUCCUGUACUUACUGCCUACUGUGAACCGAACCUGUUAAGUAAAGUCUGGUUUUCUACACAUUA